AAGCCCUAGAAAAUGGAAUUAGACGUAUAAAUUGAUUUCAUCUUUCUCAGCUUUUGCUAAACGCAGAUAAACAGGUUUCUUUCUGAUUCUUCUUCGUAUUGGAACAUACAAUUAUACAAUUGGGUAUAACCAUUUUCUUGGAUUUCAGUGUAUGAUUCCUUUUAAUGUUCAAAGUUCUCUGCUUUCUCUUGCGUAAUUUUGCUCUCUGUUUUUUUUUUGUCUUCAUCUGUAUAAUGGAAUCUCCCGAAAAAACUCGAAGUUUAUAAACUGGAUUGAUUCCUUUCUUCUCCAUUGUGGUCUUAGGUUUCGAAAGUUUCUCACUUUAGACUUGUGUUAGCUCUAGAAUGCUUGUAUGAUAUGUUUGUGACAUUGUGGUGGAGAUGAUGAAUGUUAAGUAAAAGGUCUGAGUAGGUUAUGAGUAAAGUGUGUAGCUUUUGAUUUUAAUUUAGUUUCGAGGAGACAAUUUUUUAACUUAAUAGGAGAGGGCCCUUGUCCAUGCCUUGAGUCAUGGCAUCUGUGGCUCCGCAACCUCUCCAACAAUGAACCUGAUUCACCACGUGCUUGUGUGUGCAAUCUGAUGGGUCGAUUUUUAAAGGCUUGGGGUUGCUUUCUAUUAUUGAUUGCCAAUCUAGAAUUCUCCCUAUAUACAUUGGUCUCCUUGUGCUUCUUUAUCAUCAAUUAGCUGCCCUCAUAAGUCCUGCACUGAUCAAAGACCUCCUUGACUGAUCCACGCGAAAGUAUCUAAAUAGUUCUUUGUAUUGCUAUGUUGAAGUUUGAAGCUUUUUGACAAAGCUUGUUUGAUAUAGGCAUUGCUUGUGGAUGAUGUUUAUGAUUCCCUCAUUAUUGUAUGUGUGGACUACAGAACUAUUCAUGUAUUAGCAUUUACCCUUUUGUGGUUAAGCUGAAGAAGUAUACCAUACCUUCUAGUGUUUGUUUGAUUGGGUUUUUCACUGUGGCCAUUAGAGUGUUUAAGAUAAGUACUCUGUUUGUCGAUACUCUAGGAUCUCUCUUUCAAGUGGGUUUGAUUUGAAGACGUAUUAUAUGUGUAUAUAUAACCGAAGAAUAAUGUUAUGUUUUGCUAAAUGUUGAUGUUUAGAUUAUCAAAGAGAAUGGAUUUUUGUAUAUUCAUGAUCUAUUGCAAUGUUUGAUUGGUUUAGUGUGAGCAGGAGAGUGGCAAAGAGAUGGCUGGGCACAAGAUAGCACACGCAACUUUAAAAGGCCCAAGUGUUGUGAAGGAGUUAGUUAUUGGUCUCACACUGGGACUAGCGGCUGGUGGGCUAUGGAAGAUGCAUCACUGGAACGAGCAGAGGAAAACAAGAGUCUUCUAUGAUUUGCUUGAGAGAGGCGAGAUUGGUGUUGUUGUUACCGAGGAAUAGUAGAGAGAUCUUAAUUCUCCAACAAUAAGUUCAAAAAUUGUAGUGCUUGUUGUUAGUUACUUCAAUGUAAUAGGGUUAUAAACCCAGACAUCGUUUGACCUCAUUAGUUCUAGCUUCAGGCGAUGAUUUCAAGCAUCCCAUUACCCAAAAGAGACAAUUAUUAUGUCUACAUGACACAAAAUAAGAUUUAUAAUUACACAAAACCAGAGACAAAUGACACAAUUAUCUAUUAACCAAAUUCAGAUUUAUUUGUGAAGGAACAAGUGUUUUCAACGAAAAAGA